AUGGACAUGGAGAAAACAACACAGAUAAUGCUCGUUAGCCUUCGUUUCUUGUCAUCUAUCAUGUCUGGAAGACAGAAUCAUGGCCAGAACCAACUCUUCAAAUCAACAAGCAGUAAAGCAAUCCAAACCAAGCAUCUGAGCAUCCAAUUUUCUUUUUUCAGAAGAUUUUCCAGACACAAGAAAAUGGCUAUGUUCAGAGGUCUCUUGGGUGCAAAGAAGAUUAUCGGCCUUUCUGUAGCGGCUACAAGCAAAAGAACCGUUUCAGCACCAAAGGGGUUCCUUGCGGUGUACGUCGGCGAAGACCAGGUCCAGAAGAAGAGAUAUUUGGUGCCAAUCUCAUAUUUGAACCAGCCUUCUUUUCAAGCUCUUCUCGGUAAAUCCGAGGAAGAGUUUGGAUUUGAUCAUCCAAUGGGUGGAUUAACGAUUCCUUGUCCUGAAGAUACAUUCAUCGAUGUGACUUCUCGGCUUCAAUGA